AGUCAAAUAGGGUCCUUGAGGGUUCCGGAUCUCUGUGGUGACAUUUUCUGUCUGCUGCAGCAGCAUGUGGCAGCUAAUACUGCCAACAGCUCUGGUACUUACAGCUUUCUCUGGCGUCCGAGCUGGUCUCCAAAAGGCUGUGGUGAUCCUAGACCCUGAAUGGGUCAGGGUGCUUGAGGAAGACAAUGUUACCCUUAGGUGCCAGGGCACCUUCUCCCCCGAGGACAAUUCUACCAAGUGGUUCCAUAACCAAAGCCUCAUCUCACAUCAGGAUGCUAACUAUUUCAUCAAGAGUGCCAGGGUUAACAACAGUGGGACAUACAGGUGCAAGACAGCCCUCUCCACGCUCAGUGACCCUGUGCAACUGGACGUCCAUAUAGGCUGGCUAUUGCUUCAGACCACUAAGUGGCUGUUCCAGGAGGGGGACUCCAUUCAGCUGAGAUGCCAUAGCUGGAAAAACAAACCUGUAAAUAAGGUCACCUAUUUACACAACGGCAAAGGCAAGAAGUAUUUCCAUAAGAAUUCUGAAUACUGCAUUCCAAAAGCUACAUACAACGACAGUGGCUCCUACUUCUGCAGAGGGCUCAUUGGUCAGAAGAACAUAUCUUCAGCAUCCAUUCACAUAAGCAUAGGAGAUCCGAUGUCUCCAUCCAGUUUUCCACCAUGGCAUCAAAUCACCUUCUGCCUGCUGAUAGGACUCUUGUUUGCAAUAGAUACAAUGCUGUAUUUCUCCAUGCAGAGGGGUCUUCAAAGUUCCGUGGCAGACUAUGAGGAACCCAAGUUUCACUGGAGCAAAGAACCUCAGGACAAGUGAGCCCUUAUCUCAUGGAAUGAUAAGAACACAGUUUAGAACCUAUGAGCCCCCCUUGGACUCGCUACCUCACCAUCUGCAUCGGUCACCAAGCGUUCAGCAGCAGGAAUAAUACAAAAGCCCUUCCCCCAACUGGUUUGUUUUUGUUUUUGUUUUUGGUGUUGUAUGUUUGUUUGUUUGUUUGUUUGUCUCUCUCCAGUGGACUAUCUCAGGGGAAAGGGAAAGCCUGGAGUCUUCAAGGACCAUCAGUGAAGCAGCAAUGAGCACACAGUUGCCCCCCCCCCAAAAAAAAAAAGAUGCUUCAGAAUUUUAUGCUUUCUCUGCCCCAAACAUUCCGUCAGGGCAAAGCAACAGCCCGGGCUCUGGGCGGUGACCCUUUCCACGCUUAACAAUUGCUCAUAAAUAAACUUCUGUAGAAAAGCGA